AUGGCUUUCAACCCAAACCCUCCAGGCCUCGGCUUCCCCUUCCCCUUCUUCCCUCCACCCAACACCUACGCUCCUCCAAACCCUUUCGGUCCAAGGCCGCCACCAAGCCCUUUCGGUCCAAGGCCACCGCCACGCCCUCAAGCACCACCACCUCCACGACAGCCUGCGCCACCCGUUCAACCCCCGCCGCGCCCNCGCCGUGCUCCACCCCCACCAUCACCGCCCAUUCGCCCACCUCCACCACGCCCACUAGCCCCACCUCCGCCACAUAUCAGCCCGCCAACACCUCCACCUAGCCCUCCACACCACAUGGUCAUCAUCGUGGUGUUCGUCUCCCUAGGCGGGCUCCUCCUGCUUGCAUGCCUAGCUGCCUUCUGCUUGCACAAGAAAAAGAAGAGGAAGACAGAAAGGAAGGCAGAGGUAUUGAACUUCAGCGACCAUGUCCAUGUCCACAAAUCGGCCAUGUCGGGCCCUGGGGGAUCCAAGGCCGUCAGGCUGACAGUUGACGAGGACGUCAAGUUCCAAGAGGCGGUUAAGGAAUCAGAGGCCGUCGGCAAAGAGUCAGGCACAGCCACAGCAGGAAACCACAGCGCCUGGAUGUGGAACAAGAAACAGAAGAGCAAAGCAAAGCAGGAUUCAGAGGUCAUCAACGUCACCGGACACAUCCAUGUUGAUGAGAAGAUCGAGUCAGGGCCCCACGGCGAGAAGAUCGAGGUCCUUUCAGAAGAUGAAGAUAUCAGGUUUGAAGAGGCAGACAACAAAGAAGAAUCGUCUGCAAAAUCAAAGGGACGCAUUACCAAGUUCUAA